CUAUCAGCAUGCCCCGGACGCGCCGACUACUUCGAGAUGAGCAGAUCACAUACUCAGUUGCUCAAGAGCAGGAGACUAAUAUUCUUCAUCAAUUGGGGUAUCCCGAACAGCAGAGCCGGUUCUUCGCCCAUCUUCACGCCCGGCAGGAUUGGAUGAAAGCCAUCGUUGCUCAUCAUCUGGGCUUACACACUUCAGCCGUAUGCCAUGUGGCAGAUGAAGCCCACUGGCUCUCGGGUAGUUUCAAUGUCUUUGUCCCAGUGACUAUCGAUGGGUGGAAUGGGACACGCGUCCUGAUCCGCUUCCCCCUGCCAUACCGCGUCGGUGAAUCCGUGAGGCCGGGCAAUGGGGACGAGAAGAUCCGAUGCGAAGCAGGGACCUAUGCUUGGCUUCAAGAGAACUGUUCGGAUAUACCGAUCCCGUGCCUGUAUGGCUUUGCCUUGUCGACUGGUGAAACGUUUACUCGGCUUGAGAGCUUACCAAUCCCCACCCGGUCCUAUCAGGUUCUCCGUCGACGAAUCUUAACCUGGCUAGGCUAUCCGGUCUCGAAGUAUGUUCGUCACCAGAUCGCAAACCACACCACCUUGGAUGGUGUCGUUGGCUCUGGCUAUCUUCUGGUAGAGUACAUUGAAGAAACCCAAGGACAGAUGCUUUCCGGAACAUGGGUCAAUGGCCAGCACAAUGCCAAACUGCGGAGGAACUUGUUCCGUGCAAAUCGACCACUCUCCAUGGAAGUCCACCAGUUGGAAAACGAGAAUAUUCCAACAUAUAUACCUAGGGACUACACCUAUUCAACCGUUGACUCGUACAUUACCGAUAUGCUCUCACUCCACGACAGUCGCUUCCGACACCAGCCGAAUGCUAUAAACGAUCUAGGCGACUGUGGCUACCAGUUAUCAGCCUUAAGUACAAUGCGAACAAUUUUCUCGUCCCUCUUUCGGCGGGACUUCCGACGUGGCCCAUUCAGCCUUACUCUGACCGAUCUUCACCAGAGUAAUAUAUUUGUGGACGCCGAAUGGAACAUCACUUGCCUCGUUGAUUUGGAGUGGGCAUGCUCCAUGCCCAUGGAGAUGAUAAGUCCUCCCCAUUGGCUCACCAACAAGGCCGUGGACCAGCUGGAUGCCGCAGAGUACGAUGCCGUACGAAUGGAGUUUAUGAAAGCUCUCGUCGCAGAGGAGAAAGAGAGGGAACUCAAGUCUACUGCGCUAGGAAUGGUCGGCAAUAGCGAAGCCGUCCCGCGUCUGUCGGAUGUUAUGAGUCAAGCUUGGGCGACGGGGACAUUCUGGUACACACUUGCUCUUUCCAGCCCUUCUGGGCUGUUCAGCAUUUUUCACAAACAUGUCCGGCCUUUGUUCUGCGCCAACUAUGGCGAGGAAUUUAAUUUGAUCAUGCCUUUCUUCUGGGAGAGAAAUAUAGGAUACAUUGCCGCGCGCAAACUUUCUGAUAAACGAGAGUAUGACGAACGCCUUCGGCAGACCUUCGAGGAUAACUAA